CCGCCCCCGCGCCCCUGGCGGAGCCACCCGUCCCAUGGACUUCGGUUGCGGGCUCUGCGGCCCUGCAGUUCCUGGUCUCCAGGGUGGGCUCGUCCCCCCCAGCGGUCGCCGGUCGUUGGGCGGCGUCCCCGUAAACCGACGUGGUCACUGGCGCGUGUUGCUAUUGCUGUGAACACCCGGUAGUUAGUAGCUCGGCGCCAUAGCCAGGUGGUCUGGGUUCGAAUCCUGGCUUUUCUCGUUUGCUGGAGCGUGGGGGACUUCCUUAAACUGUCUUCGUUUGCCCGUUUUCAAAUGGGGAUAAAAAUAGUGCCUAUGUUGUAGGGCUGCUGAGAAGAGAGUUAAUAUUGCACGGAAAGCAUUCGGAACACUCCUGACGUGCUUUACCCCAACCAAACCCAGUGCCCUCGAGUGGAUUCCGGCUCAUAGCGACCCUAUAGGACAGAGCAGAACUGCCCCACAGAGUUUCCAAGGAGCGCCUGGCGGAUUGGAACUGCCGGCCUCUCGGUUAGCAGCCGUAGCACUUAACCACUAAGCCACCAGGGUUUCCUGACGUGGCCUCUGCGUGGCAGCUGUCAUUAAAGAGUGCAGCCUCAUCACACGGUUGCUGAAGAGCCAAGCCCUAGAUGCAGAAACAGAUGUGUUGUGUGCAGUCGUUUACAGCAAUCACAACAGGAUGGGCCGCCACAAGCCCCAUCUGGCCCUCAAGCAGGUUGAACAAUGUAUAAAACGCUUGAAAUCCAUGAAUUUGGAGGGUUCGAUUCAAGACCUUUCUGAGUUGUUUUCUUCCAGUGAAAAGCAGCCUGUAACUACCAGAGAAUGUGUGAUUCCCAGUGAACCCGUGGUGGAAUUGGUGUUGCUGAAGGUUUUGGGAGCCUGCAAGUUGUUACUCCGCCUGCUAGACUGUUGUUGCAAGACAUUUCUCUUGACCGUGAAACACCUUGGUUUGCGAGAAUUCAUCAUUUUAAACCUUGUGAUGGUUGGGCUGGUGAGCCGGUUGUGGGUUCUCUAUAAAGGUGUUUUAAAAAGGCUGAUUUCUUUAUAUGAACCAUUGUUUGGAUUGCUCCAAGAGGUCUCCAGGAUUCAACCAAUGCCUUACUUUAAAGAUUUCACCUUUCCCUCUGAUAUUGCCGCAUUUCUCGGACAGCCCUAUUUUGAGAUCUUUAAGAAAAAAAUGUCUACAGCUUUUGCAACUAAAGGGGUAACUAAGUUGCUGAAUAGACUGUUUUUAACAAAAGAGCAACCACAGAUGUCAAGUGAAGAAGCCUUACUUAGAAUUACCAAAAAAGCUAAACAAAUGAAGACCGAUAUAGAGAAUAACGUGGAUCUUGGCCAGCCAGUAAGGAGUAAGAAAGCCUGCAGAGAAGAGUCGUCAGAAUUUGAUGUGAGGGCUUUCUGCAAACGGCUGCAACACAGAGCCACUCAGGAGACCAACUAUGAGUUUAAAUGUUCUCAGUCCAAAAUAAAGGCAACUAAACGUUCUCCUCAGAAAGUAACAGGAACUUCCUGUGUCAAAAGAUUUGUGCAAAGAUUCCGAGAGGCUGAGACUUUUAGACAGCUUUCUGAAGAAAUCCAAAUGGUGAUUGUAUGGUGCAGGAGCAAAAAACUCAAAGCUCAGGCCACCUUUCUGGGUAACAAACUGCUGAAAAGUAACCGGCUUAAACAUGUGGAAGCCCAAGGUUAUAGCUUGCCAAAGAAAUUAGAGUGCAUAAAAACAUCUGUUUGCAACUGCAUUCUUGGUGGCUCAGGUAACAGAACUUCAAAGCCUCGUCUGAGACAAAGAAGGUCACAGAAUACAUUUCUACCGAGACAAAGGAAACCGCAGAGAAUGCUGCCGUCAACCCUUUCAAAGGAAACUCACCAGCUCCCUCAAGGGAGGAUGCAGAAGGGUGCUGCAGGUACCAGCGCUGAGGGAGAACUCUCUCACCUCACAGUUGGGGGAGCUCGUCUCCACCCUCGCCGUAAGCAGCACUUAAGUAGCAGAGCUUCCCACCCUGUCCUAAGAACCAAGGAGGAACAAAACCAUGGCAAUCUCACAGGAAGCAAUGAAAAUGAACCUGGUUCAGGGACAGUGACUCAAACAAACGAACAGAGUCCACCAGGAACUCUUAAGGAGAGAGAUGACAUUGAUGACAUUUUUGCUUUAAUGGGAGUUUAGACGUUCAUCGCUUUUAAGUGAUCAACAAGCUGGUCCAGGGCUCUGCUGUUCUAAGUGGAGCUGCUGCUACCUGGAAGUACCACCUGGACGGCAAGAAUCGCUGCUUUAGUGCCACACUGCACAGGAGUUUUCCGUUCAGUGAACACAUACAGUAUCUUUGUGUCAUUUAACAAACAUUUAUUUGGCUCCAGCGAGGAGCCAGGGGUUAAGAUGAAAAAUCUGCCUCAGCCUGCCCUUGAGAAUUGGAUAUAAUUCCUUGACUGAGGCUGGUAUGUGCCUGAAAAACUAGACAAUUUUAUGAUUAAUCAGGGAAUUAACAGUUGUAAUAAUUAGGUUUGCAAAACCUGACUGGGUUCCUUGAUGGACGUGGGGUUGGGGUAGAACUGGGGAGCAUUUAGAAAGCCCCUGAAAGGUCGGUUGCCUUACUGGCUCUGUCACGAGUAGGUCCCUCUCAGCAUACCGUUUCUUACUUCUGAUGGUUGUGUUGUCUUGCUCGUAUAGGUUAGAAUUGAUAGUCAAAGGGAUUGUUUUGCCACUAAUUGGUCACAACCAUUACUUCAUUUGUUCAUGUUAUCUCAUGGGUCCACAUUAUAAUGCUUCUGAAGUCCUCCAAAAGGUUUUUACUGUUUUAUUUGGGUGCUUAUAGGCUGUACAUGAAAUAUAACAGGAUAACAACGCAGGAGUAGGCCAGUGUUGUGGACUGAAUUGUGUCCACUGAAAAUGUGUUGUAAAUCCCAACGCUCACACCUGUGCUUAGAAGCCCAUUUGAGAAUGGGUGUUGUUACAUGCUUGAGAAUGUGACAGCAUCGGUGCAGGGUGUGUCUUGCAUCUCUUUUGAGAUAUAAAAGCACAGAGCUGGGUAAGAUGGACGCCACGCCACAUGAAGAUCGCCAAGGAGCCCAGGGACAGAGGCUGAAGAGAAAAGGACCUCCCCAGAGCUGCCAGAGAAAGCCUUCCCCUGGAAUUGGCGCCCUGAAUUCGGACUGCUAGCCUCCUAAACUGUGAAAAAAUAAAUUUUUGUUUGUUAAAGCCAUCCACUUGUGUUGUGAUAGCAGCACCAGAUGACUAAGAAAGUAAAAUGAAAAAGCCAACAGACACAAAAUAGACCCAAGAAUGAGCCAAAUAUAUAAAUUUACAAUCAUUUGUAAUGAUGUGAAAUUUGAGGUUUCUUUCAAAUGUUGCAGCUUACUAGAAUUAGGUUAAUAACCUUCGAUUUGGUAAGUAGUUGUUAUACCCUCAGGUUUUAUAAAUUGUUAUAGAUUUACAGAAAAAAAAAGUGCCAUAGUAUAUACUACAGCCGUCUUUUCCUGGCCCUCCUGUCAUUUUCUGUAUUUCCUUUCUGUUCUUUUGGGUGGCCUGGUCCUUUCCCCGUCUGGCUGCUGUACAUUUUCCCACUUGGCUGUACCAGUUUCUCAAAACUUUAGGCUGUCUUAAGAAUCACCUGGAGUGUUGUUGAAAAAUGCAGAAUCCCUGCCCCACCAUGAGAUUGAUAAAGAUGGGUUGGGGUGGGGCCCCAAGUCUGCAUUUUUAACAAGGAGCCCAAGAGAUUUUGAUGCCUGUGGCCCACGGUCCAGUUAGAUAAACACUGGUCUGUGUACUUUCUUGAAACCUUGUCCAACAUCCUAUUUAAUUCAGUGUUUUAACCUCUAGCUAUUUUUCACUGUUUAUAUUCUUCCUGGCUUCCUAUCAAGUGGUAGUAAUUAAUUUGUACCUUAAAGAAGUGUGAAGAAAACCAAGAUGUUACUCAUGGUUAAGCCUAGAAACUGCCAUUGGAAAAUGAAGGUGACUUAGUUAAGAGAACUGGUUGUUGACUCUAGGACCUGGUUUAUUUCCUGGGAGUUGUUUAUUCUCAUGUACCCACUCCCCUUAAGUACCCCAUUUUUUAAGACUCUGUCCCAAUUUUUGAUUCAGAAGAUAUGGUUAAAAAUAUGUUCCCUAGUUUUUAGGAGCUAGAUUGGAGAUGAUGGUGUAGUGGCUAAGUGCUCCGGCUGCCAACCAAAAGGUCAGCAGUUCAAAUCCGCCAGGCACUCCUUGGAAACUCGACGGGGCAGUUCUGCUCUGUCCUACAGGGUCGCUAGGAGUUGGAAUCGACUUGACGGCAAUGGGUUUUUCGUGUUAGGAGCUAGAUUUAGGGUCCAGUCUUGCUUUUCUUCUAUUUGCAUGACUCCACUGAGCUCGUCAGUUUCCCUGGGCUUGGGUUUCCUCACCUGAAGUGGCAUUGUUCCAGAAUCAGCUUUUAUAGCUGAAUGGGACUUGGGAGAUAAUGUGUACCCUUAUUUGAAAUAUCCAACUGGUUCAGGGAGUUGUCUGAGGAGGUGGAACUAUAAAACCUGGACUGGACUAUCAGCAUUUUCCCUACUUCAUUAAUGCUCCUUUGGAGUAAGUUUCAUCAUCCUCCAUUUUCUAUCUCCUACUCCUUACAAUUCUGGCAAAAAUAGUAAAAACUUCAUAUAUGUCUACAAAAUAAUUUACAUAUUUAUAAGGAAUGUGGUAUUCUAUAUAAUUUUCCCAAAUAACUGAAAUUUGUUGUAAAACUUAAAAAUUGAAAAUACACCAAUAUACUUAUCCAGAAAAUGAGAUUAGAAAUAACUGGUCAGGGUCACAUCAUAAUCAACACCAUCAUAACGAGUAACAAUACAAUUGUACUCUUUCUGGUGGCAUUCGAGCACUCAAUUUCUAAGAGCGAUGUAUGGAACCUCCCAUGUGUCACUUGUCCCCUUGGCCUUACUUAAGCCACUGCUGUGGCAACCAGAGUAGUACGGGAACACACCUUGCCUCUGACCCUAGGCUUCUGACUUAACUGCUGGAACUUCCUGGCACUUAAGCGUGUACAACCUGGAAGAACUGUAAGGCCACCUCCCCUCCCCCUGCCCUGACAAUUCAGAUGGGCACUUCACAAGGCUCCUCAGAAGGUCCCUCAAAAUCAAGCACUAGUGGCCUGCAGUGGGGGCCAACUCAAUGCAUUCUUGAUUGGUUUUCCUUCCAUUUCACUCCGACACUGGAGUCACUUCUCAAAUAAACUACCUGUACGCAAGCUUUGGUCUCAGGUUCUGCUUUUAGGGCAGCCAAGGCUAAGAUAAGCAGUGACGUAGCACUGGCAGGCAUUAAGAUGCUUCUGAGAUAAUCGACAUAAUUCACUUAUCACCAUACAUUUUACUUCAGGCAUGUCUAAAGUCUUCUGCUCAAAACACUGCUGGUUAGAAUAAAAUAAACCAGGUCUAUCAACUUUUAAACAACUGAAAAUAUAUUCAGAAUUGAGUUCUUUCAAAAAAGUCAUAGGGGGGUUUUACAGCAAUUUUUUUAAUCUAGUUUUUUUUUUUUUAUAUAGCUAGAGGGCAGUUCUACUGUGUCCUACAGGGUCCCUAUGUGUUGGCAUUGACUUAUGGCAACAGGUUUUCUAUAGCUAUUACCUUUAACAUUCAGCCUCACUUUGAAAAGUUAAACCACUUCUGUGAUAAGUCCAUUAACUUCAGCUCAAGGUACGGCUUUCUCUUUCUAUUCUGAAUCUUUAACAAACCAGUUCUAAAUUGUCACACUACUUUCUUUUGCCUUUCGCAAAUCACAGUUUUGCCACUUAAAGCUGUUUUUGUCUUGCCUUUCACUGGAGAACAUGCUACUUCCUGCAUGACAGGAUUUUUUUUUUUUUGGUGACAAAUUUACCCGUGGAUGCUGCUGUAUCCCUCGGUUGUCUUUGCUUUACAAAUGUGCAGAUGUCCUCUUCAUAUGUAUUGUUGCUGUACUUAGGUGCUGUGGAGAGUCAGUUCCGACCAAUAGUGACCCCUACGUAGGACAGAAGGAAACACCGCCGGGUCCUGUGCCAUCCUCACGAUCACUGCUAUGUUUGAGCCCACUGUUGUAGCCACUGUGUCUGUCCAUCUCUUUGAGGAUCUUCCUCUUUUUUGCUGUCUACUUUAUCAAGCAUGACGUCCUUCUCCACGGACUGGUCCCUCCUAACAUGUCCAAAGUAUAUGAGAUGAAAUCUUGCCAUUGUCACGUCUAAAAAACAUUCUGGCUGUACUUCUUCCAAGACAGAUUUGUUCGUUCUUCUGGCAGUCCAUAACUACAAAAAAAAAAAAACAAACCCCAAACC